GGCGCGCACCAUGAGCGGCGGCGAAGUGGUCUGCUCGGGGUGGCUCCGCAAGUCCCCUCCGGAGAAAAAGUUAAAGCGUUAUGCAUGGAAGAGGAGAUGGUUUGUGUUACGCAGUGGCCGUUUGACUGGAGAUCCAGAUGUCUUGGAAUAUUACAAAAAUGAUCAUGCCAAGAAGCCUAUUCGUAUUAUUGAUCUAAAUUUAUGUCAGCAAGUCGAUGCUGGAUUGACAUUUAACAAAAAAGAAUUUGAAAACAGCUAUAUUUUUGAUAUCAACACUAUUGACCGGAUUUUCUAUUUGGUAGCAGACAGUGAGGAGGAGAUGAAUAAGUGGGUCCGGUGUAUUUGUGACAUCUGUGGGUUUAAUCCUACAGAAGAAGAUCCUGUGAAGCCGCACGGCACCUCCUUACAAGCACCUGCUGAUCCAGCUUUCGCUAUAAAUGCGGCAGCGUCCUGCACCCAGGCAGAGCCAGCCUCUGCUGCUCUACCUCCUCCAUACCAGCUCAUCAGCCUCCCACCACACCCGGAAGCUCUUGGCAUCCAGGAUGAUCCUCAAGACUACCUCUUGCUGAUCAACUGUCAAAGCAAGAAGCCCGAACCCACCAGCCAAGGGUCAUCUUUUGUUUCUGAAGAAGGAGAGGAAUACCUACUACUAGAAGAUUUUGAAAGCAAAACGAUUCCAUUGCAAACCCAUGCUGAUUCUGCAAAAUCCACCUCGUCUGAAACAGACUGCAAUGAUAACGUCCCUACUCAUAAAAAUCCUGCUUCCUCCCAGAGCAAACAUGGAGUGAAUGGCUUUUUUCAGCAGCAAAUGAUGUAUGACUCUCUGCCAUCACGUGCUACAUCUGUCUCUGUAGACUCCAGCCUUUAUAACCUUCCCAGGAGUUAUUCCCACGAUGUUUUGCCAAAGGAGUCUCCAUCAAGUACCGAAGCUGAUGGAGAACUCUAUGUUUUUAACACCCCUUCUGGGACAUCAAGCAUAGAGACUCAAAUGAGGCAUGUAUCUAUUAGUUAUGACAUUCCUCCAACACCUGGUAAUACUUACCAGAUUCCACGAACAUUUCCAGAAGGAACCUUGGGACAGACAUCAAAGCUCGAUGCUAUUCCAGAUAUUCCCCCACCUCGGCCACCGAAACCCCAUCCAACUCAUGACCGUUCUCCUGUGGAAAUGUGUAGUAUCCCACAUGCAGCCUUAGACACUGAUAGUAGUUACUGCAUUCCUACAGCAGGAAUGCCACCAUCACGAAGCAAUACCAUUUCCACCGUGGAUUUGAACAAAUUACGAAAAGAUGCUUGUUCUCAAGACUGCUAUGAUAUUCCACGAACAUUUCCAAGUGAUAGAUCUAGUUCACUUGAAGGCUUCCAUAACCACUUUAAAAUCAAAAAUGUGCUGACAGUGGGAAGUGUCUCAAGUGAAGAGCUAGACGAAAACUACGUCCCAAUGAAUCCCAACUCGCCACCACGACAACAUUCCAGCAGUUUCACGGAACCAAUUCAGGAAGCAAAUUAUGUGCCAAUGACGCCAGGGACAUUUGAUUUUUCUGCAUUUGGAAUGCAAGUCCCCCCUCCUGCUCAUAUGGGCUUCAGGUCUAGCCCAAAGACCCCUCCCAGAAGGCCAGUCCCUGUUGCAGACUGUGAACCACCCCCCGUGGAUAGGAACCUCAAGCCAGACAGGAAAGGUCAAAGUCCCAAAAUUUUAAGACCCAAACCCCAUGGUUUAGAGCGAACUGAUUCACAAACCAUAGGUGACUUUCCUACAAGAAGAAAGGCCAAGCCAGCACCUUUAGAAAUAAAACCUUUGCCAGAAUGGGAAGAGUUACAGGCCCCUGUCAGAUCUCCCAUCACUAGGAGCUUUGCGCGAGACUCCUCUAGGUUUCCCUUAUCCCCCCGGCCGGAUUCAGUACAUAGUACAACAUCAAGCAGUGACUCACAUGACAGCGAAGAGAACUAUGUUCCCAUGAAUCCAAACCUGUCCAGUGAAGAUCCAAAUCUUUUUGGUAGUAAUACCUUGGAUGGAGGAAGCAGUCCUAUGAUCAAGCCCAAAGGAGACAAACAAGUGGAAUACCUGGAUCUAGAUUUAGAUUCUGGGAAAUCCACACCACCACGUAAGCAAAAGAGCAGUGGCUCUGGCAGCAGUGUGGCGGAUGAGAGAGUGGAUUAUGUCGUGGUGGACCAGCAGAAGACCCUGGCGCUGAAGAGUACCCGCGAAGCCUGGACAGAUGGCAGACAGUCCACGGAAUCUGAAACACCAACCAAGAGUGUGAAAUGAAAACACUGCUUUGCUAUUUCCAAGCAGAAGUGAACUGAAUUGUGAAGAUAAACCCUGCUUGAAGCCAUGUCGACACUUCUCUUAAACAGAUCAUCCAAUGAGCAGAGUUGAAAUCAAAGGGGCUUUUAGACAUAAACAAUUUGGACUGUAAAUGGUGCUUCAUGGUAUCUGAACAAUUUGUAACAUGUAAAUACUGUGGGAAAAUAGUAUUGUUUAGCUCCCAGAGAAACAUGUGUCUUGUAGUUAACACACUUGUGGUAUUACUGUAUUUAUGCACUUUUCAUUUAAAACAUGGGUUUGGGUAUUCCCAGUGUACCAUAACAGAAUUCCUUGAGGAGUUCUUGUUCUUCCUCACACUACUCUGUAUAACAGCACUAAGUUAACUAAGCUACUUUUAGAUCUGGAUGUUGCUGUUUAAUCUACAGCCUGACAACAUAAUGAAAAGUAGAUUCACAAGUUAGCUGUCUCCCUGAAGCUUCAGGUAGUAACUAUUCACUUAAAGUAGGGUCUAAUUGGAUUCAUCCUUCAUUACCUUCCAAAAUGCUGAGGAUAUUGUAUAUACAGGUGUCAGAAUCCAGUUCUUUGGUUCAUGUACAUUUAGUUUGUAAUGGUGGAUCUUUGUUAUAUUUUGUUAAUUACAGUGUUUUUGGUUCACUGAGUGAAGAUUCUGCAGGGUGGGAUCUUGCACCUUUGAAAGACUGAAUAUAAUUACACUAUCAAGUAAGCUUGAAAUGUUGAUGGCAUGCAGUGAUGAUGUGCUCUUACACUUGCUAACAUGUAUUAAACGUUAUUUGCAAAAGGUAGAUUAUGUAAAAAUCAGGUACGUACCCGGCACUAAUGUGCUAACACAUUGAUCAGGUUUAGAUAAUGAGCUUUUUUACUUGUGUUCUCAUUAGUCCUAGUGUUGGUUUCCAGUAUAGAAUUAAAGAAACAGUUGACAUUUGCUCUUAAUAACAACAACAUACUGUGAUUUUUUAAGGAAACAGUAAUUCAGAUUUAUUACUCUCAGAAUGAAAUUAUGUCUUUUGACACCAUAGUGCCCUUUCUAUGAUUUUUUUUUUACUCAAUAUUCUUCUUGGCCUUAUAUUUAAAUCCCUAUGCAAUUAAUGUUUUAUAACUGCAUUUUUUUAAAAAAAAAUAGAUGUUAUAUAAGUGAUUCUCAUAUGUAGCACCUAUUGCUUUUCCAGUAAGAGAAUUAAGGGUUUUAUACUGUGAUUUGUAUUCACUGCCCCAGUUCACAAAGUAGUGGAGCCUUGCUAUUAUGUGAAAUCUUCUAGUCACAGACCCCUUCCAAUCAGAUUUCUGAAUUUCAGUAGAUUGGUAUAAAACUGUGACAUGGAUAUCAAGACCACAAAUUAUAGUGAGGAUAUGAUUAUAUUCAUGUGUCUCGACUUUGCAACAUAAUUUAGAAAGCAAAUAUAGUUUGGUUUUCUUUAACCUAAAUUAUGUACAAUCUCUUACAUGUUGAUUUGAGAUUUACUAACACAUUUUGGGGACAUAGGUGUAAGAGUACCACUGCUGAGAUAAGACCCCUCCGUUCAGAGCUCUAACUAUUGCCUGAGUAUACACAUGUGCUCUGAUUUCUGGCCCAUUGGCCAUAAUACUGUGCCUAAUUAAUGUCCUACGUUUAUUUCCCCAAUCCACAAACUUAAGUGUUCCCAACAAUAUAAAUUGUAGACUAGUAGCAUUUGAUGCUUUUAAAUGUUUGCUUCCUAAAAAAAAUACAAAAAAUAUCUAAAAUUCAGAACUGAAUUUUGAGGUGAAUGUUUCAAUAAAAAGGAUUGUUUGAGUUUGGUGUGCAAGCUGUUUUGUAAUAAAGCAAAAAAAAAAAAUUCUAAAAUCAUUGACAUGUACCUAAACUAUCAAAAUACAUAACACAGUUGGUGUGUAAAGAUACUAAAUUGUGUUACCUGGAGGAUACACAUAUUUUAAAGUGUGAAACAAUAAUAAACAUGUGUCUAAUUCAGAAAUUAAAAAAUUAUCUUUAAACUUGUCUAUUGGGAAAGUCCAAAGCAAUUAUGUCUGUUUUUAAGUAUAAUUUCUCCUUAACUUUUUACAAGUUACUAUUUUUGUAGAUCUACAGUACUGGUUUUUAUCAUUUUGUUGAAUAUUUAAGAAUUAAUGGGCUACAUGUACCUUAAUCAAAGAUAGAGUACAAAUUUAGCCUCUGUAAGGCCCUGGGUUCAAGCCUAAGGAUCCUGCAUCCCCCAAAAGGAAAAGAAUUGAGAAAACUGGUUUACUUUAGAAAGCGGAAUCACAUUGAACAUAGUAUUAACAAAUUAAAGAGUUUCCUAGGAAACAGUAUCUUAAAAUUUGUAUGUGUUCCUCUAGUACAUAUUGCCUGGAAAGUCCAAUUUGUCAGUGUAAACGUAUAUUGAGUCCCCAGGUGUGAUAUUUUAGUUCAUUACACUGAAUAACAAGAUUUCUGAAUUAUUUCUGAGGAAUGGGUAUUUGGAAUUAUAGUUAAUAACACCUCAGCUGUCAAUUUAUUUCUCUGCCUUAGGUUACUUGAGGGUUAUUAAUAAAAGUUUAAUUUACACAAAUGUAAGUACAAAUAAUAACAGAUUUCAAACCAACGUUUCUGGAGAGCUUUUAGUUAGAGGUAGCUGUAAUUAUAUUCCAAGGUUUAUAUUAAGUAUAAAUGACCUUGGUAGUGGAACUUAAUACAUAAGAGUCUCCAGUGUGGUAAAAUGUGCCUUUUAGUAAGUUUUUAAAUAUGCAUUUAAACUAAAUUUGAGUCAUAUCCUUUUUUGUGUGAAAUCAUAUCCUUUUUAGCUCAACCUUAACUUGAAGAGGCAAGGCUCCAGCAAGGCAUCACAUGAAAAUCACUGCUUAACCAUGUGACUGUUACGAUGUAUCAGAAGUCUCUUUCUCCCACCCUUUUGUAAUUUUAUAAAACUCUGAAGAUCUGGAUGAUUGUUUAAAUGUCAAAGCACAAUUCUGCUUUCAAAAAUUGAAGUUUAGACUUGAAAACUUUAAGCUACUUAGCUCACAGAAGAUAUCACUCAGUAAGCUAUAGAAGUAUUUUUAAUCUAUUCUCUACAUAAUUUCACUGUGAACACUAGAAAAUUCUAUAAAGGUACUAAGGGAGAGAAAGAGUGUGUGUGUAAAUGAAAGCAUUGUAUUUAAUCACAGGCUAAAUUUAAUUUGAUUUAGGAAUACUGUUAACUUGUAUAUUCAGGUCAUAACUUCUUCUGGACUUCUUAUAUUUAAUUAAUGGGGCUUACAGUUUUCCUCUUGAUAGUGUAAAGUGGAAAAUGAACAUCAGUGUUUAUUUUUUAGUAAUGGAAAGUUGUCUGCUUUCCCCCACUAGACACAAAAGUAUUUUUUAGGUUUUGUUAAAAUAUUAACUACUUUAUGCUUGCACACUAUGCCACAGACACUGGUCAUAAUUGUUGGCUGCUCCCACACCCCUCUAAUGCCUCCUUACUUGGCCCAUUCAGAGUGUAGGCACUGGGAGUUUGAAUGAGUACCCAGCGACACAGGCUGACCCUUCUGUCCCUGUCUCUGGGUCAUUCUGGUAGGUCUUAUCCUUCACGGUCAGGUACAUCAAGUCAGUGCAAAAGACCAAGUCAACUGGGUACACAGAGCAAGAAGACCUAUAUCCUACUGUAAUGGUUCUCAGUAACAUCUAAUGUCACAUGUAAAUUUUUAUCUGACUUUAAAAACAACUGUGAGAUGAAAGGCCACAGAAUGAGCAAAUGUUGUGGACAUAAGAUAAAAAUUGAUUGUCGGAUUGUGUAGAUUGUCUUCACUUCCAUAGACUUCUUUACGUUCAACAUAAACUGCAUUUGAGUGAGUUAAUUAAUUAGUUAAGGAAUUAGCACAUUUCUGCUUCCUUUACAUAAAGACAGUUUUGUGUGAGCUCUGAUAACCUCAAUUGUUGAUAAUAAUCUCAAAUUUUAACAGCAUAAUCUUGUGUAAAAUUUUUAUUUUUCUCCUUUUGCAUAUCUUUUGUAACGAUCCCAAUGUAGAUAUUUUCUGCUACCAAAUAAAACUUUUCAAAGA